UAAUGAUUUGAUUCCCGAAAAGUGAAAUGUAGGCCGAGCUUAAAUAGCCGAAUUCGUUUACACUGUGAUUUACGAAUGGAACAGGAGGACGAUUCAGGCUAUUUCAUCUAAACGCUAUGACAGAUACGCGUUGCGACAGCGCGUGGCCUACAAGUAAAACGGAAUUGCGAGAAUCGUAACGGGGCAAGUCACGCAAGACAUUUCAGUCCAGUCUCGCUUGGCCUCUCGUGGUGGAGAGGCCCGGCGUCGUCGCGCUCGCGACUCCACGCGGAUGAGCCCGCUCCUGCCGCGCUGCAUCUCCUCCCACUACCACGCAGGCCCCCGCGUACUGGUCGCUGUCCCUUUAAAAUUUGAAUCACUGUCGGUUACCGAGGCCGCCGCGACGAUACUCCGUCUCCGUGCGGGCGGCGCAAGUGCGCAUCCGUUAAAGAAAUCCGGUUGGGCCGGUUGGGCAAUCGCGUGCGCGAGGCGAACCCGCCCGCGAAUUCGGGAUCGCGACGACGAUCGGGAGCGCGCGCUCCUGGCGACAACCUAGUUGAGGUCUCCACGAGGAUCGUCGUGGCGUGAGCGCGGACGAACAUCCGGAGCGAUGUCGGAGACGAGCGGGGACAGCGUCAAGUACAAGUGGACGCCCGAGAGCACCGCGCUGCUCGUCUCGGUGUGGUCGGACCGGCAGGUGCAGAAGCAGCUCGAGUAUGCUCCGCGGCCGCAGGUAAUUUGGGAGAAUGUCGCCCGCUACAUGAAGAAGAAGGGUUACAACGUAACGGGCAAGCAGUGCCGGUCGCGCAUAAAGCAGGUCCUGGUGUGCUAUCGCGAGGCCAAGCGGGCGGGCACCCGCGCCGGGGUGGAACAGUACUACGAGACCAUCGAUCGCGUGCUGCAGAGCAAGCGUCUGGAUCAUCACCAUGUCAACAUCAACGGCGUGGAUACUGUGGAUGCUGUGAAGUCACCGCCAAAGGAUGUAAAGACCAACAAGAAUCUGCAGAUGAGACUGAAAGUUCAGGAGCCUGUGCAAUCUCUCUUUCGAACGGACGCUCUCUCCCCCACGUGGACGACGGGAUACGAAAAUGAGUAUCCAGAUUCACCCGAGUCAAACGAGACCAUAAUAGCCAAGCCGUACAGAAUCUUCUCCCCUACGAGAGACGUCGGCAUAAAUACCGGCGAGCGUUUCGCUCAGAUUGGCAAUCGAGCGGUGCAGAUAAAUCCAAUAGAGAGGCCGAUACGGGAGGAAUAUCGGCAGAAUGUACUGGCUUCCUUUCCGUACGGGGAGAUCCCGUACCAGAACGCGGUGCAGAACGUGCAGAAUCAGAUCAUUCAGGAGAACAUGCAGCAAUAUCAGAAUACCCAGCAGCAAAAUUACACCGGAUGGAAUCAGUUGCCGCAGCAGAGCGGUAUGCCGGCGAACAAUCGUCUCGGCUUCCAGCAGAACGUGCACAAUCAGAACCAGCAGUACCUGUCGAACAGAAUAACGCAAAAUGUGAUGAAGAAUCCUAAUGUGGAGAAUAUCAUGCGUCAGCAGAAUCAGUUGCAGCGAAAUAACGCGGAUAAUCAAGCGAUGCCGCAGGAGCCGCGUAAGGUUGUCUACGCACAAAACCUGCCUACAUACAGGCAGUAUCAAGACAUCGGGCCUCGUCUGACCUGCAUGACGAACGUCAUGCCAAACGGAUCGCUGUCGCCGGACUACUCGCCGGACGUAUCGCAGAACUUGAACGACGCCUUCUGCCUGUCGAAGAGCGACGACAAGACGCACAACUUAAACGAGACGUACAGCCGACCCGCGGAUGCGACUGUCAUGACGAAUAACGCGACCUGUAACGACGAGACUUUGCUGCUGGAAUUCUUGUUGGAUUCGCCCACUCCAUCGGAGAACGGUGGAAAGUCGCGGGAUAGUGCCGUGAAUACGGAUGAGAUGCCGAGCGCACCGUUCAGGAAGAAGAAGGCGCAGAAAUUGGAGCAGCUUAUGCUCAACGCGAUUAAUUCUCAAAACGAAGUCGUCAAUAAGAUCUUGUCUGCGCAAAACGACAUGGUGACGCGAUUCCUCGACGUUGACAGAGACCGGCAGAACAGACUCGAGAACAGAUUGGAUCAUCUGUUGGACGUCGUUCACGCCACGGUACUCAACAAGAACGAAACGCCCCCGUCACCGUCGACGCCACCGCCGAUGCCGGAAACCGCGAUCACUUCUCUCCUUCCGCCACCGAAGCCAGGAAUGAUUCCGCCUAAAUUGGAUCUGGUUCCUCCGAAGCCCUGCCGCGUUCCUUGCACAAUACCGAAUUCAAACAUCGAGCUAAUCAAUCAGAAUCCCAUUCUGACCAGACCUGGCAUCGUGUCGCCGAUUACCAGCCCGGGCGGCAGAAAGCUCGGCACGAUAUGGUCGAAAUUGGGCCCGGUAUCCACCUCGCCGUUCGUGAAGGCCCAGCAACGGCUCGGUCUCCAGCCUGUCUUCAACAAUGACGCGCGCACGAAAUCGUCGGCGGAAAGGCGCAUCGCUAGGGAGAUGGGCGGACUGUGUGUGAACGUGCGAAGCUUGAUCUACGAGACGGCGAAGCUGCUGCAGUCGGAGCGGGAACUCGAGGAGAAGAUAGAAAACGCGCGGGUGGAAAUGUACAUGGGUCAGAUGUUGACCGCGCGCAGGAAGCUGUUCACGCAGCGAGAGCCCACCGCCAUCAUAAUACUGACCGCGGCUUUCUUGGACACCGAGUGUCGCGUCUACGAGCAAGAUCCGCCUUAUCACGGCACCUGGAAUUCGCGGAAGGAGAUACUCAAGUACGCGCGACGGGAUAAUCUUCUGGCCGGGCAGGGUGAGAGCUACGAGCGAAUGCGCCAGUUGAACGCCGCGGCGAUCCGACGCGACUAUCUGGGCUGCGAGCCGUGCGACACGUCGACCCCGGCAAAGUUGCCGCUCAAUAUCGCCGAGAACGCCAACAACGAGGCCGGGAAGCAGACCAUUCAGCAGCUCGCGCGGCUCGUGAUGAAUAGCGCGAGAUGGCGACAUUCCGCUCCGCCGAGUCAACAGCAGAAUUUAGCAGCAGAAUUAGCCCGUCCUGCAAUUCCAAUGGUAAAUAAAAACGCCCAGGACGUCGAGUACAACGCAACUUUCACCGCCCCGAAAGCGAACGCGCCUCCGCCGCCUGAUGGGCCGCAAGGAUUCAAGGGUUACAACGUGGCGCAACAGAAGCAAGGCAGCCAUAAUGAAGCAGCUUCUGACGGUAGACCAUUGGCAAAUGAUCUGCGUCAACCCAAGUUCCCGAUGGGCUUCACCACCACUAUGUUAAUCGCCAACGAUCAAAAAAGCGCAACUCUACCGAGGCAGACGAACGGCGGAGCAUCUAGAGGACUGGGAUUUGUCGACAAUCCGCCGACCGAUCGCAAGAACAAUGUUCGCUUCAUGGACGACGCAUUGGCCGAGCUGCAGCGCAUGUAUAUCGAGCGUCAAAAUACCGAGAUGGCCGAGGCACUACUGCCUUUCGUAGUGAGUAACGGUAACAGUGCAAUAAGCGCGCACAACCGCAAUCUGAUAGAGCGUUACGUGAACGACCUGAUGGCGAAGAAGUCAACGAAAGACAAGGACACGGACUCUGACAACGAUGACGAGUAUCUCGACACUUCCACUAGUAUGCAUCCUGGCGUGAUGGCUCGCAGAGGCUCAUUGACAUCAAACGGCACAGCGUCGACGGAGACUGCUCAUUCGGUGAAACUUGGCAAGGCAGCACUUAAUCACUGUAGAAUAAGUUAAGCGCAGGGAAAGACGAGAAAAAAAAAGAAACAUAUUUUUUAUAUUCUUUUUCACUUGCGCGAUCAGUCUUCCUUAUAAUUGCUCAAUUGUAUGCGCCAGGUUCCUCAUCACUUGUUACUUUAUGACACACUUAAUUGUUUUUCGAUCUGAUAAUCGAUAUUUUGAUAAUCGCCUUAUAGCAGUUUAUCGCAGAGAUAAAAGCUUAAGUUAGCGAUAUGACUUAAUGUUUAAUCCUUAAAUACUAGCGAGCAGAAAGCUGCAUAUUAACGAUACAUCUUUUUCCAAGCAAACUUAAUAUCGAAUCUCUCAGAAAUCAAAAAAUUUUGAUAAUACACUCAGGUAUUUUUCAUUGUUCUUUAUAAAGAGGUAGAAAGACAUAUAAAAAUUAGUUGUUGAAUAUAUUCAAUGCGAGUACUUAAGGAUUAAUUUAGAUCUUAUUGAUAAUCCGUCUUCUAUAUUACUAAUUUCGUAACUAUACAAUUAGUGAUUAUGUUAUUACCAUAUAGAUUUUUGGGGAAUAACACAUUCCGUAGAAAUGCGUUAUACGCAUACUAAUGAUUUGAAUCGAGUAUACAGUGCAAUGGUAUCUGUUGAGACUUCUUUUAUGUCGAUUGUUUUCAUUGUUUAGAUCUUAUUAUACAAUGUUUAUCGCUCUUGUGUUAUAUAGUUUAUACGCUUGCUAUUCAUAUAGUAUGCAUAAUUAUGAGCAAAUUCAUCGAUUAAGCAAUUCCGUAAGUAUCGCGCAAGAUUCAAGAAAGGGAACUUAUUACUUAUAUCCUUAGAUGGAUAGAAUUCUUAUUGGGGAGCAAUCUCGUAUUUUUAUACCAUGACCCGAAUAAAUUUAGAUAUAUAUAUAUAUUAGAUAUAUAUUACGAUUUUGUUAUUCUGCGACAUAGAUCGCAAAAAUUCUAGGUAAGGGAAAUAAAAGUGUUCAUCAUCUUCAUGUUUCCAUGUCCCAAACUGGCGAUGUGCCAAUUGAAUUUCAUUUAUAAAGUGUCUUAUUAUUAAUAAAACAUACCAUCUAUACUUA